AGUCCCCGUAGUAUUGAGAAUUUGCCGUUGUGUCAUGAUACAGAAACUGAUGGCGGGGAGAGUGUUCGAUUGGUGGGAGGGAGAAGUGGGAGAGAGGGGAGAGUUGAAGUGUACUACGAGGGAGCCUGGGGAUCUGUGUGCAGAGGGAGUCUGUGGGGAACAAGAGAGGCUAAGACGGUGUGCAAGGAACUUGGACUCUUUGAAAAUGGUGCUAUAGCAGUGAGUGGGUAUCAGUUUGGGAGUGCAAGAUAUGGCUACACUCAGGUGAACGGCGUUCAGUGCUUUGGUAAUGAGAGUCAUCUCAUUACCUGUCCCGGUGGUGGCUGCACGGAAGGAAGUAUCCGUCUAGCUGGAGGGCAGACCCCAAGACAAGGAAGAGUUGAGGUGUGUCAUGGAGGAAUCUGGGGUACAGUCUGUAAGGAGGGUGGCAGUGAGUGGCUGGAUACAGAUGCCGAUAGAGUGUGCAGAGAAGUUGGAUUCCAAGAGCAGGACGAAACAGGUGCACGAGCCCUCAGUUUAGCAGAGUUGAGCCUGACAGGCGGUGUUAUUUGGCGUUUCACUGCCAACUGUGGGGAUGUCUCUUGCACACCAGAAGACUGGACCAGCACAGAGUGUACCCACUCUAGUGACGCAGCUGUCACAUGCCCAGAAUCCAAGCAACUGCUUCAUCUGUGUGUCAACGUUGAAGCCCAAUCUCUCUUUUCAUAUGGUACACUGUAUGCCUUCUAUGCUUCAGUUGCCUCGAGAAUUGUGGCUGAAGUAGAGAACGGUUGCGUGCAACCGUGCUCUUACAAUACCAGGGAGAUCUCCUUCGAGACCGCUUGGCCAACUCCAAUUCAUCCAACCACCAUGUGCCUACAGCGUGACGCCAUCCUUGGGAUUGGAAUAAAGCUAAGCUAUAGGCCACACCUGAAUGAGAACGGCAGACUUCAACUUGCUGCACACAAUAUUCUCGAGAGUUUAGGGAUGCAAAUCAUCUGUUCUACCUACAGCCGCUAUGUGAUUACGAAGGACUUUAACUUGGAAGAUUGUGCAAGUCAAACAAGGCCCGAAGUACCAGAAGUGACACUGUCUAGUGUUACUAGUAACACAGAUGUACUGCCAACUACCACCAGUACUAUAACGAAAACCCCACAAACUACUUCAUUGAUAGGUGAAGUUGCUACCAGUUCAGUGCUCCUACGUAGCAGUGCUGCAGAUAGAGUGGUGUACAUUUCUCCAACAUCCACAAAUCCUAUUCGAGUCGCAACAGAACCUUUGUCGCAAUCGGAUGUGAUGUCACAGUUUGUACUAUCAACUUUACUUACCACUGCCAGCACCUUUGAUUCACACUCAGUUACACCGGGCCAACACACCAGCAGUUAUAAUAUGGACAGCUCCCACUCCCUGCCAUCUAAUACAGUAAUUGUACCUCCACCAGAUUGUCCCGACCCCCCAACCAAUCCUAUUCGAGUCGCAACAGAACCUUUGUCGCAAUCGGAUGUGAUGUCAAAGUUUGUACUAUCAACUUUACUUACCACUGCCAGCACCUUCGAUUCACACUCAGUUACACUGGGCCAACACACCAGCAGUUGUAAUAUGGACAGCUCCCACUCCCUGCCAUCUAAUACAGUAACUGUAUCUCCAACAGAAAGUCCCGACCCCCCAACCAACCUCACGAUUGUUCUAAUAAGUCUCCUGGUGGUUUCCCUGGUCCUGCUGUUCCUCUGUCUCCUGGCAGCUCUGGUCUUGUGUGCGAGAAGAAGAAAGACAAAAAAGAGCCAGUGUGCCAACUUGUCCACCAGUACACAGGAUGGUAUUAUAAUGAACUCAAUUAAUCCCAUCACUUCCGUUCCCUCGCUACGUGAAACCAGCUUCUAUGAAGACGUGGACACCCACGAAUACGCCGUGCUGGAACACAGCUCACUAUCAGACCAGAGCCCUAGGGGGAUCACUGUACCCUCGGUCACUAGUGGGGCCUCGAGCAGUCACGGUUACUUUGUCCUGGAUCACCCACACAAAGAACUCAAGCAGAGUUCACCGGGCAAAAGGGAGGGGGGAUUCGGUACCAGUGACUUGGACCCCGAAGGACUGUACUCGGCUCUGGAUCACACAGAGGCAGAGUACGCAACUUUGGAACCGGAACCAGGGAAUGCGACCUCGGUACCCGACCCACUUGACUACUCACGCCUUUCGACUGGACAGGACGAGCGCCAUGACUACCAGCGUGUGAUGCCAGACCCUAACAGUGACUACGACAGAACAUUUGCCAACAGUCUAACUCUGAGCCCCAGUCUGUAG